AUGUCGUUGACCGAGAGACUCGACAAGAUCAGGUCGCAGCCUAAGCUGUCGGGCAUGCAGCAGACGGCUGUCGUGCUCGGCGCAGUCGAAGACACUCUGCGCUCGCAAAAGGCCGAACAAACACCCACGGCCUACUUUGCCGCCCUCCUGUCGCUGCUUGCGCAGUUUGACAUGGCCAAUAAGGAAGUCGCCUACGCCGUUGUAUACCUCCUCGACCUCGUCACUCCUCAUGUUCCCGCGCCACUGUUGCGCUCCAAAUUCAGUCAGAUCCUGGGUAGUCUCGCGCCCGCCCUCACACAUCCCGAAGCAGAGGCCCCUCUGUUGCGCUCGAGUAUUGGAUGUCUGGAGUCGCUGUUGAUUGCACAGGACGCUCCAGCAUGGGCUCUCCCGGCGUCAUCACUCAGUCCCCGUCGCGCAGUUGCUGGUCUGCUUGGUCUGGCCUCGGACCACCGUCCCAAGGUCCGCAAGCGUGCUCAGGACGCUCUGACUACCGUCCUCAAAAACCCUCCCCCUAGCCCUUCGCUCGAUCAUCCCGCUUCCGACAUGGCCGCCGAGACCUCGAUGCGCUUGCUCCAGGAUGCUGCCGAGAAGUCUGCAAAGGCCAAGAAGGCAAAGAAGGGAGCAAAGGAACAAGAGAACGACCCGGCUUUGAUGCACGCUCUGCAGCUGGUCAAGGUCAUCGCCACUGCUGCAAAUGGAUGGCCUUCGCGCAAGAUCGACUCGUUGUGUGAGCUUCUGCUUGCCAUUUCAAAGUCAAGCCACGAGUUCCUCGUCAUGUCCGCUUUCGAGGUCUUCGAGAUCAUCUUCGCUGGUUUGGCCAACGAGGUGUCUGCCGCCAAGUUGCCCCGUCUGUUAGAGGUUAUUGGUGAACUCCAGCCUUCUCAGAAUGAUUCGCAGCUUCUUCCUCCCUGGAUCGCCGUCAUCUCGAGAGGUUACGACGUCGCUGCUCAACUCGACCCCGAAGAGACCUUUGCAAAACUUCCUACACUCUUCACCCAAGUCUCCGCUUUCCUCGCCUCCUCUUCGCACAACAUCCGCAUUUCCGCCUCAGAGUGUUUGAUCUCCUUCCUCAACACCUGUAUCCCGGAUUCUGUCCUUCUGGACCCCUCAAUUUACGACGAGAAGGUCUUUGAGAACCUCGGAAACCAGAUCAACGACCUUCUCAGUAUCAAGUACCAGUCCGCCUGGAUGGAGGUCUUCUCUGUCAUUGGUGCCAUGUUCGACACGUUGAAGUGGCGCUCUCAGGGCAUCCUUAGCAAUGCAGUCAAGGCCAUUGGUGAUCUUCGUGGAAACGACUCUUUCUCUGGCAAGAAGGAGGCAGAUGCUGUUCUUGGAAAGGCCAUUACCGCCAUGGGCCCCGACAACGUUCUCGAAAUUCUGCCUUUGAACCUGACUAAGCCCGUACCUGGACAACCUGGACGUGCCUGGAUGCUUCCCAUUCUCCGUGACUCUGUCAGAAACACUCGCCUUGCUCACUUCCGUACCGAGCUGGUUCCUCUCAGUGAGGCCAUGUUCCAGCGUGUUUUGAACCACGGCGGUGCUGAGAAGACCAUGGAGAUCAAGAUUUUCGAGACCAUCGUUCAACAGAUCUGGGCAACUCUUCCUGGAUACUGCGAUCUUCCCCUGGACGUCACUGAGGCUUUCGACCAGACUUUUGCCGAGAUGGUUGCCAACCUUCUUUACUCUCAACCUCAGCUCCGUACCGAGAUCUGCAGAGCUCUCCAGAACAUGGUCGAGUCUAACCAGACUGUACUGUCAAUUGAAGGAGAGGAGGACCUCGUCAUGCAAGGCAGAGUCUCCAAGGCUGAUGCACGAAAGAACAUUCAGCAUCUCUCUGGACUUGCCGGUAACAUUCUCGCUGUUUUGUUCAACGUCUACAGCGAGACUCUGCCCCAAUACCGCGGUAUCAUUCUCCAGGCCAUCAACGCAUACCUCAGCAUUACGCCCGAGGCAGAGUUGAUGGAGACUUUCACUCGUGUUGCUUCCAUGCUCGAGUCAUCUCUUGGUGAGAGCGGCCCUCAGACACAGGCCGACAAGCAAAAGGAUGCCAAGGGUCCCAACAAGAUGCCUCCCAUGUCUCACACCCUCAUGGAUUUGGUCAUCACAAUCUCUAUCUAUCUUCCUCGUGACAGCUUCGCUGGUCUCUUCAACAUGGCUGCCAUUAUUGUCAACAACGACUCCGACCCGCAGUUGCAGAAGAAGGCCUACAAGCUCAUUCCUCGUCUCGCCGAGUCCGAGUCUGGCCGUGCAGCCAUCCUCGAACGUAACUCUGACUUGCAGCAACUCCUUCUCCAGGCUGGCCCUAAGGCUGCUGCACCCUCUCGUCGCGACCGUUUGACCGCCAUCUCUCAAAUCAUCCCUGCCCUCCCCAAGGACGAUCUUCACUUCAUCCCCUCUAUUCUGUCCGAGGUUGUCAUUAGCGCAAAGGAGGUUAACGAGAAGGCACGUGCUGCUGCUUUCGAUCUUCUCGUCCAAAUGGGCGAGAAGAUGGCCGAAGGUGGCACCGUUGUCAAUGCAAAGGUCCCUCACAUGCCCGAUGAUGCCGCCCCUGUAGAGGCCAGUCUGGAAGAAUACUUCACCAUGGUUUCUGCCGGUCUUGCCGGUUCAACUCCUCACAUGAUUUCCGCCUCCAUCACAGCCCUCGCCCGUCUCCUCUACGACUUCCGCAACACCCUCUCUGAGCCCGUCAUCCUCGAUCUCGUCCAAACAAUGGACCUCUUCCUCACAUCCGCAAACCGCGAAAUAGUCCGCUCAUGUCUCGGUUUCGUCAAGGUUUGCGUCUUGUCCUUGCCAACAGAACUCAUGCGUCCCCGUCUCGCAACUCUAAUUCCCAACCUCAUGGUCUGGAGUCACGAACACAAGGCGCAGUUCAAACUCAAGGUCAAGCACAUUUUCGAACGCAUGAUCCGCCGUUUCGGAGUCGAGAUUGUGGAAAAGCACUGUCCUGAAGAAGACAAGAAACUCAUUGCCAACAUUCGCAAGACACGCGACCGCGCAAAGAGAAAGAAGGAAGCCGGCAAGGAGAAUGGUGAAGAUGAAGACGAAGCAACAACCACACACAAGGGCAAGUUCGAAUCAGAAUUCGACGAGCAAGUAUAUGGAAGCGAUGAAGAGGAUUCAGGCUCUGAUAUCUCUGACGACGAGGUGCUGGGUCGCAGUGCUGCUAAAGGCAAGAAAGCCAAAGCGGGCGGCGACACCUUCAUCAUCGAAGACGAAGAUGAACCCCUGGAUCUUCUGGACCGCAAAGCCCUCGCCAACAUCUCCUCCACCAUCCCCUCUAAAUCUCGCUCUGCACCUGCAUCCCGCAAACCUGCCAAGAUGGAUCUCGACGGCAAACUGGUCUUCAACGAACAAGACUCCGACGACGAAAUCAUGGACUUUGAUGACGCGGGUAAUGCAGCAAGUCUUGAAGAUGGCAUAAACGCAUAUGUAGAAGCCAUCAAAGGCCGCGAUGCCGCUCAACGAGGCAGAGGUGGAAAGCUAAAGUUCAAGAACCGCGGCUCCAAACCUGAAGAUGAGGAUGAGAUGGAGAUUGACGCAAAGGAGCUUGCUGAUGCGAGAGCGAAGCCGCAACGAAGGAGUCUUGGUGGCGAGCGCGGUGGCUCUUCUGGCUCAGGGUUCCGCGGUCGUGGAGGUUCUCGCGGUGGCUUCGGUGACCGUGGUGGUUCUCGCGAUCGUGGUGGCUCUCGUGGUGGCUUCGGCGACCGUGGUGGCCGUGGCGGAGGCGGUUUCCGCGGUGGUGUCCGCGGCGGCGACUCUCGUGGCGGCAGAGGCGGUGGUGGCUUCCGUGGCUCGUCAGGCUCCGGCGGUUUCCGUGGCGGCUCUCGUGGCAGCUUCGGCGAUCGCGGCGGUAGAGGCGGUGGUCGUGGAGGCUCUCGCGGCGGCUUUGGCGAUCGCAGAGGUGGUGGUGCUGGUGGCGUCAACAAAGGUCGCUUUGCACCCAAAGGUCAGGGUCAACGUGAUGAGAACCGUAACAGGGCUAGUAGAGCAUAA